UGUAGUGUUAUGUAUUUGAUUGUCAUUUAGUCAAACAAUAAAAUGAUAUAGCUCUAAAUUGACUAUACUAAAUUUAAAAUUAAAUAAAAUAUAAAUGCAACAAUUUAUAUAUAAGUAAAAAUGGUAAAUAUUUCAAAAUUCACAAUCCGCGCGAAGUGGAGAAAAAAUCUGUAGUAUAUUUAAUAAUAACUAAAUUAGUUGGAGAAGAAAUAAUAGGAAGUUAAAUUAAUGUAUUGGUCCAACCUAGACUAUUUGCAAAUAGAUAAAACGUUAUCAUGUUUUAAUAGUAUUGAUGAUUAUAUGUCCAUAUUUCUUUUACAAUCCUUUUGAGGCGAAUCAAUAUUGACUUUAUUAUUAUUAUUAUUGAUAUUUUUUAUCAUGAAACUGCCUUUAUUAUUGAUAUUGAUUGAUGCCAAUAACCAAAUGCUUUUAUUAUUGAUUGAUAAAUAUAUAAUUCAAAAAAAAAAACUGAAUAAGAAAACAAAUAAAGAGUACAUUGAUAAUAUGCUUCAAAUCUCAAAUUUUGGUUUCCACAUUUUAGAUUUUGGAUUCCAAAGAAAAUUACUUUUGGCAUAGCAAUCUGGAUUCCCAAAAUCUUCUAUUUCAUGAUGUAACUUGUUAUUUUCCAUCCAUACCAAAAACUUAGAUUUAUCUUGAUCAUCAAAGAGAUUGACAAAAUGUUUUCCGGUCUUUGAAAAAUAUUUUUUUUUAUUGUGGAUCUCUGAAACAUAUUUGAAACCAUAAUAAGAUUUUGAAGAUAUAAUUAAAGUAGACUAUAAAAAAUAUGUAAAAGCCACGUACAUGAAAACAUAAGAAUUAUGCUUUUUUUAUGCUCUCAAGAUGUCACAUUAUGUCAUGUGCCUAACUCCUUCAGAAAAUAAUAUGAUGAUUUGGUUAAAAGAAUUCAAUGCGGUGUUGAAACCUGAACUUUCCUUUUCAUGAGUUGGCCAUGUGUAUUGCAAUGACUUCAUAAAACAGGGUGCAGGAACCACUUUGGCAAUUUUUAAUUGUUUUGUCUUUCUGGAUAGGUUUUAUUUUCGUGAGAUUCGUGAGACAUGCGAUGUUCGUGAGAUUUGUGAGACAUGCGCUUAUAUAAGAUAUAACAACGAGUUGAUAUUAGGGUUGUUUUGGUACGAUGGUUUACUAAUAGAUUUAAAUGGUUCAAUUAUAUAAUAAUGUAACCAAUUUAUAGUUAGAGUAGAAACCGGAUACAUAUAUAAGGUGAAAUAUUUGGCACAGGCUGUUAUAAUAUACAGGGAAAGACUAAAAAAGUAAUAAAAAGAAAGAGUGCAGUAACAUUUCAUUGGUAGAUUUUUUUGGACUAUUUUUCUUUUAUUAGUAUAGAUUAUGUUCAUAUAAAUGUAUACUCUCAUUUGUAAAGUGACAAAAUUAACACAAUAAAUAGUAACAAAACUCUCAUCCUCAUGUUUUCUCUCUACUUUCCAUAGAUUUGAGUAAAAGUACUUAUUAAGUCAAAACAAAAACAAAAGAAAAUGAAGACAAAACACAAAAAAAAAUACGUAGAUAGUAUGAUAGGAAUAAGAAUGAAAGUAACGAAAAAAGUAAAAUAAUAGAAAACUUGUUCUUUAUUAUUCCAUCCCGGAUUUGAUAAGAAAUAGUUUUAUUCUGUGCUUCCUUAAACUAAAAGGAAUGAGAAGAAAAAUUAAAGAAAAAAUAUUAUUUAUAAAUAGUAUCAAAUCUAAGAAAUGAAUAAGACUUGACCAUUCCAUUCAUUCUUUUGAUCUGGACCUUAAACUAGUGUUAUCCAUUUACUGAUAAUUACGGAAACGGAUAAGAGUUGACCAAAAAAUAAUUCAACAAAUCUAGUAAGAAAAUCUAAAUAAGAGUUUGUACGUCACACUUCUGGUAAGAGAUAAAAGGUGAAUUAAUAUGGAUAUCAACGAAUUGAUUAGUAGUUGACUCCGACUGAUUAUAUAUACCGAUAAAUAUCGAUGGAGAAAUAGAAGUAAAAUUUAAAAAUGGAUACACGUCAAAUGCUGGUUAUAUUUUCUUAUGUGGUUCUCACGCAUAUGACCCUAGGAAACAUUGAUGAGUUCGAUUGUGUUGAUAUAUACAAACAACCCGCUUUUCAACAUCCAUUGUUGAAACACCACAAGAUUCCGGAAAAAUUCACUUCGAAUGAAAGUUUUGAUAGAAAAAAUAAAUAUAAAACAAAUGAUCAAAGUUGUCCAAAAGGAACCGUGGCAAUCUUAAGACAAAGAAGUGAAACUGAGAGCCUUCAUCUCGACACAAUCUAUCAAUUCGGCCACCAUUUUGCGUUUAUGGAUGCAUCUUCGUUUGAAACCAUCUAUCGAGGAGCACAAGCUGAUAUAAGUAUUCAUAACCUAACUUUACAAAAUAACCAAUACAGUAAAAGUCAAAUUUGGUUAGAGAAUGGACCUAUUGCCGAACUCAACAGCAUACAAGUUGGCUGGGCGGUACAUCCAAGAGUGUAUGGAGACAGUGCUACACGAUUGACUAUAUAUUGGACCGGAGAUGGCUAUAAGAAAACUGGAUGCUAUAAUACAGAAUGUCCUGGAUUUAUUAUUAUUACUCGAAAACCCUCGAUUGGAAGCAUUUUUAAACAAUCCUCCGUGUAUGGUGACAAGCCAGUAACUUUCACACCACAAGUUGUUCAGGGCUUUUUUGGAAACUGGGCACUGACAGUAGACGACGAAAUAAUUGGAUAUUGGCCCGGAGAGCUAUUUACACACUUGAACAAAGGAGCUUCUCGGGUGCGUUUUGGAGGAAACACAUUUAUGUCUCCAGAUGGGAUUAGUCCUCCAAUGGGAAAUGGUCAUGUUCCGAUCUAUGACUAUGAAAGGAGUUCGAGUUUUCUUCAUGUGAAACUUACGAAUGAUAAGUAUCAGAGCAUCGAAGCUGAAACACAAAUGGGGGUUGCAGAUUCUAAGUGUUUUACACUAAUAAGUCGGGAUUACACCAAUGAGACUGGAAAGUCCUUUUCUUUUGGAGGACCAGGUGGAAGAUGUGGUGUUUGAUUAUUUUAUAUAUGUUCUGACCAAGACUAUCAAAUUUACAAAAGAAAUAUGAACUGUUUUCAAUA